AUGACCAUCGACCAGCAGCGCGAGGUUCUCGACAAGACAUACCGUAUGCUCACUGAGUUUGCUGGGAAGCCACCUCGUGGGAGCGUAGCCCCUUGGUGGGAAACGUCGAAAGAGGGCGCACAGCUUCUAUUGGACUAUGGUAUCGAAUACGACCACAGUAUGAGCCACACCGAUUGCGAGGCUUAUUAUCUGCGAACUGGUGAUACUUGGACAAACAUUGACUAUAAGAAGAAACCCGAAGAUUGGAUGAAACCGUUGGUCAAGGGGCAAGACACGGGUCUGGUUGAGAUCCCUGCUAAUUGGUUAAUCGAGCAUAUGAAGAAGCAUGAAGGCGUUGAGUUUGUUACAAUGGCGGAGAUCUGUGAUGAGUUCAAGAAGAAGAAUCCCGCGCCAGCCGGUGCUGUACUUCCUGCACCACCAGGUGCUAUGUUAUAG